AUGAUCCGCCUAGCUCAGCAGACACAAGUACUGAAGGGCAAACCCCCAAAUCAGUUCGUUCCACAUCCUAAAAAGAAUUCAUUGAAUCAUCCAAUGAAAUUUAACAGUACAAUCGCUAUGGAACACCAUGAGCCCAAUUAUGCCAUUCCAUAUACACCUGCCACUUUCAACAAUCCAAGCAUCGGUACAUAUCAAGUGAGCCCAGCCAACCAUUUUGUACCUCACCUUGGUGGCAAUAUUGGACCCAAUAACAACCAUCACUUGGCCCAUAGUAACAAUAAUAAUAAUAACAAUCAUAAUCAUAAUAAUAACAAUCACAACAACCACAACCGUAAUCACCACCACCACAACAACAACAACAAUAACCGUAAUCACCAUCAAAACCACCACAAUCAUAACAAAUAUAAUAACGCCAACCAAGGUAACUCGAUCAGUCCAGAUUCCCCAUGGUUUCAUAAAGUUUGUGCCUUUGAAGAUUGCGUAUCGCAAACACUUUACAUGUCACAGACACCAAGACGUCAAAAUAUGAAACAUCAUUCAGAACAUCCAAAUUCUAAUGCUAAUCCAUUAUUCUGGGAUUCUAUAGGUAGGGCAAUGGGACUAUAUCACGAUCUGCUCACUACACCAGAGUUAAAUUCUGAUCGUGUUUCUAAAUUAGUGCAUUUGCUCCACAAUGGGUUGAGAGCUAAUAGAAAUCAGUUGACAAGAAUGAAUAAGAAACCUGAUUAUGAUUCUCAAUCCUUCCACAAGGAAAUGACCAACUAUCUUUGCAAGUCUCUUAGAGAAAUAUCCGAAGAUGUUCUUAACGGCAAAGUGGAGUUGAACGAAUACGGCGCUAUGCAUUUAAUUACUGCGUUCAAGGAGCUUUUACUGUUCGAGGAAGCUGUCGAUAUUUGGAAGGCCGCCAUCAAUGGUCAAAACACCUACACUUCUAAUAUCUUUUUGAAUCCAAGAGUGGUUGGCGUUAUAUUACCCAUUUUAUACGACAAUGGUGUCUCUUAUCCAGAAAUUCAAGCUCUUUAUGAGAAAUCCUCUUCGAUGAUCAAUUAUUUUCAUCCAAAUCUUUCAGUAGGAAUGAUCAGGGCCUCUUUAUCUGCCAGUGAAAACGACAUGGCUCUCAAACUAUUUCAGAAAUUAUGCCAAGAAUCAACGGAAAUGAAAUAUGGUUAUUUGAUAGAAACACAUCUCUCCUUUAUCGGUGAAUGUAAAGACCUAAAUGUAGCACAAACAUUCUUUGACAAAGCUCUGAAUGAUGAAAUGCCAUACAAGAUAGAUUUGCAAGUUUCUUAUGUGAAAUCAUUUUUAAGAAAUAUUUGGAGCCAAACUCGUGAUUUCAACCACAUAUAUCAAAUCUGGUACAAGUCUUCUCUACAUUAUGGUAGAAAUGUCAAUCAUGGUAUCUCUUCUUCUUUAAAUGAUACCUUUUUCGAUAUUUUUUUUGAGAACUACGCCGUAGAUAAAAUGCAAGGGUUCCAAACAUUACAAAAUGUCAUUCAGACCUACAAUAACAUCAAGCAUAUAGAUGAACCUUUUUUCAACAUCAUCUUAGCUAAAUGCACUGUCUGGCAUGAUCGCAGUAUUUUAGAAUACAUAGAUAAGAGUUAUGAAGCUUACCACAUCCCAAAGACAAUUGUUGCUUACAGAAUCUUACUAAAGUCAAUGGGAUCUGUUGACGAUGCUUCCAAUACAGAAAUUCUUCAAAGAUGGAUGGAUUUAAUUCGCAAAUCAGAUGAAAUUGGUCAACGGUUUAUCGCCAAUGCUGAUUGGGCUGCUCUGAGAGAUGCUACUGUUACCUGGACUCAAAAUGAUAGGGAUUCCAAGAAAAGUAAUAUGAACAGCGCACAGAUAAGCAGAACCGCGACACCUUCGCCAUCGUUAACACCAAUGGAUACCCCAACACCCGAACAUUUGUUUAACAAUCCACAAAAUCAAAUGGACUUCUACUCUCAUCCAGCAUUACAAGCGGCAACUGCUUCUGGUGCGUUUGAUGAAUUUGCUGCAGAAGCUGCAUCUUCAUCCAUGCCGGUUAAUGGCAGAAUGGUUUUGUAUUUAAAAAUUGUUAAACGUUACUCUCCAUAUUGCCGUGACUCUAGGCAGUUAGCCAGAUUAACAACAGGAACUGCCGUCAAGUACUCCGUUUUACAAGAAGUUUUGAACCAAUUUCAAGCGUUAAUUGUUAACGAUAUUCCUAUUCCAGAAUUACAUAAUUUGAAGCCAACGUGUGUUUAA